AUGGAUCAUAUGAAUAAUCGUGUCUCUUCGUAUCAUACCGUGGUCGACCUUGUGAGCGAAGCAGUUAGACUUGCACUUAGUAAACCCAACCAACCAACAAGAACUGCUAAUGCUUAUUUUCUUUAUAGAAUGAAUUAUAUUAAAAAUAAUCCAGGUUAUAGUGCGACUGUUCUUUCACCAAUCAUUACGACGGCAUGGAAUAACGAAUCACCUCAGACUCGACAACUUUAUCUUGAUAUGGCUAAAGAAGCUUAUCAGCAAUAUAGAAGCAUAGUAAAUAAAUCGCAACAGGAACCUUCGCUAUCGCAAAUAUCCCUGCUAUCUCAAGUGUUGCCGUCACAACUGUCGCCUUUGCAAAUAUUGUCAUUACAACAAUCGUUACAAUCGUCACAUUCACAAUCAGAAACGGAAGAGUUUCUAAAAUGCCAGCAGCACCCUCUGCAAAUGUCGCCGCCGUUACGAUCGUCAAAUUUAUCAUCAGAGACGGGAUAUUUUCUCUUUACUGGGCAACAAUUCCAGCAGUCUACUCCGCAAAUGUCGCUGCCGUUACAACCAGAAACGGGAGAUUAUCUCUGUCCUAAACAGCGACAACUUCCUCAAUUGUCAAAUGUCUCGGAGACUUUAUUAUCUCACGACAUGGCUUGUAGCUCAACAAAUAUACCUAGGAUUAUAAAUCAAGAGACAUAUAAAUAUGUAGUCAAUGCAUAUAACAAUAAUACCGACUGCAAAUCCGCAAUUAAAGAAUAUCUUCACGAGCUUCAACAGGCUUAUGAAAAUCUUAAUCGUCUUCUUACUUAUAAUGUUGUAGGCAAAAAUUAA